AUGGAUCGCGAUAGCGAGCAAAGUAAUGGCCUGAACGAUGUUGACGAUACAGGAGUAGUUUCCAUCAAAGAUUUUGCGUACGACAAAUCAGAUGCUCUUCACUACGGAUAUUUUGGCGACCAUUAUGAAGAAGACACAGAUGAAGAACUUGAUGGUCAGGACCGAGGUGGUGAUGAAUCAUCUGGUGAACAAGGAGGGAACAUUACGAGUUUUGCAUUUCAAAAAAACGGGUCAGAAUUGCGAGAUUCCUCUACUUCCAAUGGAGACAAAUACAAUAAUGAAGAUUUUGAUGACAGCGAUUCUGAAGAUGUCAUGACCAAAAGACAAAGCAUCGUCUUACCUGCUAAUCAAAUAGUCAAUAGCCAAGCAAUUGCACUUUAUGACUUCACUCCCGAAAAUGAUAACGAAUUGGAAUUGCACGAAGGAGACACGCUUUUCAUAGGCUACAGACAUGGUCAAGGCUGGCUUGUGGCCGAAAACGAAGAACGAACACGCACGGGUCUGGUACCCGAAGAAUACGUCACUCUGAUAGAAGCACCGGAAAGUGCCUCCGAUAACGAACCUUACACAACGGAGGGAGAUGAAAUUCCCAAUUACGACGCUAGUGACGAUGUUGCUGAUGAUGACAACGAUGCCAAACCACGACCUUUUUACCUUACACAUAUGAUUGCGCAGUCUAUGGCAGCCCCUUCACAUCAUGACGAGCCGGAUCAAGAGUGGGAAGACAUUGACGAUGUUGGAUCCUCCUUGCAGGAAAAUUUGAAAGUCUCCGAAUCAUGA